AUGGUUUGGAUAGACGACAUUGAGUUUAACACAACUAUUCGUGAACAAUGUCGACAAUACUAUAAUGACCUCAAAACACUUCCUAUUGAAACAUUAAAACAACAACGAGAGCUUUACCUACAGAACGCUACAACUCGAGAAUUAACAAAACCAUCCAGAGCUCAGCAAAGACCAUCCAUCUGGACCAGGGACAUUUCAGAAAACGCGAUCGCUUUGUACUUAAUCCACGCAGUAAGUAUGACAACUCGUGGAUUUUAAUAUACUUUUGAUAAGACAUUCAUUGCUUUUUUCUUUGCAUAAAAUCGUGAUUAUUACCGUACUAGAUAUUACGUAUCUUUCAGAACCAAAACCUGGUUUUGCACUUCUGAUUGGAAAGCUGUUCACGCUGUUAGACGGCCUUCACAAUUCGAAACAACCGCGCAAGAACUUGAAACAAAUUUUGGACAUUUUGUCGACAAUUGCGUUCCAAAAACAUAUUGUCAAAGAUGUUAAAGAGUGCAAACGAAAAACAAAACAUCUGUCUACAAUCGCUGAAGUCAGAAAAGGCCAAAGCUUCUUCUACCGUAAGGCUUUGUUCAAAAUUGAACCAAGCUCUUUACUGUUAAUAUGUGUUCACGAACUGGCUCAUCAAGCAGAAUCUACAGUAAGUGGACGGCAUUUCUACUCCUGUAGUAAUUCGUAUGAUGCACACGGUGAAUACUGGCGCUGGUGA